CCAUCCUCAACUCUUCUAGACCCUUUCUUCUAAUAUACUAGGAAAUUAGUACAUAGUUUUGUUAGUAGAUAUUAACUCCUGUAAGUUCUUGUCCACCCCCUUGUGAUUCCCAUGGCAUCCCCUGAAGAAGUAUCAGCCCUGGAACUCAUCCGGCAACACCUCCUUACCGACUUCGCCUCCAUGGAGACCUUCUUAUCCAAUCUCAACAACUGCACUUCCACCGUCUCAUCAAAAACCCAUUUCCCUCAAUCUCCCAAUUCAGAAAUUGGCAAAACUAAAACCCAGGUGAAAUCUUCCACUCUGAGCCAGCGUCGCCCUUCGAUUAACGUUACCAUCCCUCCUGCAACGGUGAAAUUGAACAACUCGUUCCCUGCAGCGGAGUCGGAGUCUCAGGAAAAGAUCCACUAUAGAGGUGUCAGGAGGCGGCCAUGGGGUAAGUAUGCAGCGGAGAUUCGGGAUCCGAAUAGGAAAGGGGCUCGGGUAUGGCUCGGAACAUUCGAUACCGCCAUAGAAGCAGCGAAGGCUUACGAUGGAGCUGCGUUUAAGUUGCGUGGAAGCAAAGCGAUUUUGAAUUUCCCUCUUGAAGCAGGCCGGAAUAGCACUCCCGCCGAACCGGAAUCGACGGAGGAUUCUAGUUCGAGAAAAAGGAGGAGGGAAGAGGAGGGAAGCGAGGCAAGCAUCAAGGCGGUGAAGAGAGAGAACUCGUCGGAACCCGAAGAAAGGAAGGCGGAGACGAUGGGGGUGUGCUUAACGCCGUCAAACUGGACCGGAUUCUGGGACUAUGAGGAAGGGAAGGGGAUAUUCAGCGUGCCGCCAUUGUCGCCGUUAUCACCACAUCCUCCGUUUGGGUACUCUCGGCUUGAGGUUAUGUAAGGGAACGGAACCGGCGGUUUUGAACGGUUUGUUAGCCGUUUACAUAAUUAGGAAUAGUUUGGUGAAAGUGGAAAAAAUGGAAGUAGGAAAAGUAAUUGGAAAUUUAUGAGGGCAGAGGUUUGUUAAAUUAGUGAAUGUAUAUAGGUAGAUUGCAUGUUGUUUUGUUGGAUUGAUUGUAUUUGUUAUUUAAUUGAUUUAUCAAGUGAAAGUCUUUUUUUCUAU